CACCUUUCUCAGCUCCACCAAUGCUCAGCGUUCGCAAGAUUAAACGCAUCGGCAAAACCGCCUUCAAGUUCAAGUUCUUUGCGACGUUCAAGUCGGCCACGCUGAAAGCCCAGCUCGGCGCCGACUUGGGCGAUGCGAACGUCGUCUGGUCGCGCAGCAACCGCACUGCCGCUACAAAGGAGGCGUCGUGGACGUUCGCUCGCGAUCCAGAUGCAGCCAGACCUGGGGCGACCAUUGCCACCAUCAAGUGGGACGAGACUCUCGAGCUCAUCGUCACCCUCUACAAGGACAACAAGGGCGAGUUCGACGUCAAAGAUUACAAAAUCUCGCUCGAACAGCCGCAUGGAAAGGAUGGCAAGGACAAGAUUGUGCUCGCAACUGGCACAAUCAACAUUGCCCGAAUGGCUUCGCUGACGGCGUUGGAUCGCCAGGAAACCAUCGCCCUCAAGCCAAUCCACAAGAAACUCUCGGACGUCGUUCUCGAAGUGUGCUUCACGUGCGAGUUUCUCAAGGAAGGCCGAGCGACCGACGACGACAUGAUCAGCACUUGGUCCCGCACUACUUCUGGCCCGCAUGAUGAGCAUGAUGAUUCUGCCAGUGGAGAAGAAGACGAAAAGGCGGAAUCACCGGGCAGGAAGGGCUCAGUGUUCGACAAUGUUGUCUCGUUCCUCUCUGGAGACAAGUCAAAGGAAAAGGGAAAAGACAAGGAAAAGGACCACGAGGAAAAGGACAAGGAGCAUGACAAGGAGGAAAAAGAGAAGGAAAAGGAAAAGAGCAAAGCCAAGGACAGUCCUGCCAAGGCUCCCUCCUCGGCCCCCACUUCCGCGCCCAAGAUUGUGAUCGAAUCCAGCGACUCGUAUUCUUCUGAGCGCGAAUCCAGCAAAAAGGACAAGAAGGACCACUCGUCCGCGUUGAAAGAGCAACUGGCCGAGAAGGACGCAGAGAUUGACCGCUGUCGUCAACGCAUUUCGCGACUCGAGGACCAGGCUUCCGAUAUGCAGGAGAUCAUUCGGUCCCUGAAUGACAAGGUCGCCACUCUGACCGUUGCGCUGCAGAGCUCGCAAGGCGAGGGUCAGCGAUCGGAGCGGCAGCGUAAAGAGAUGGCUGCACUUAAAGAUCUCAACGGCUGGCUGAUGAAGCUCGGCGACAAGGGCUGGAUCAAGCUGUGGCGACGACGCUGGUUUUCGUGCGAUGGGCAAGGAAAGAUCUCCUACUACAAGGAAAACGAUGACAUCAAUGAAAUGGGCCACAUUGACAUUGACGCCAUCACGAACGUUCGCGUCCAGCUCGAUCUCAUGCAAGACAAAAACAAGGCCACGUUCGUUGUUUCCGUACCCGGUCGAGACUACUAUUUAAUGGCGCACGACACAGCCAACAUGCAGGCCUGGGUGUCUGCCAUCGAGACACUUCGCGCCCUCCGUAGCGAGAUUCGGCAGGCUUCGAGCACGUCAAUGUGAAAAACAAAAAAAAAGGGGGGGGGGAGUUUGUGCUUUGGUGCAUGUUCGCUUAAGAUUUGACUUUACGAUUGUGCUGUGGUGCAUGUUCGCUUCGUGCGUGUUUGCUUGUUAUUUGACUUGGAGUUUGUGCUUUGGAGCAUUGUUCGUUUUAUUAUUCGACUGUUGUAGUUUUUUUUUUUUUUCCUUCUUUUUUCAUGUUGUAACAAAAAAUCUAACGUCUCAGCCCA